UCACUAGUUCCAAUUCUUGCCUACUGUCAUUGGACUAUGUCUAACCGAGGAGGUUGAAAAAGAAACCUUUUUUACCUCCUUGGUCUAACAUGUCAAAACAUUAACUGGUAAUCAAUCUCUGUGGUCAACUUUGCAUUUUCUAAAGCCUACCAAAGUGAUGUGCAUGUGUUACAGCAUUGCACUAUUUCCUGUGUCUGCAUAUACAAGUUGAUCCAUGCAUUUUACCAUUCACACAUGCUAACAUUCACAAGGGUAACCCAACCAAACCAAAUAUGGUAACAAUACAGGCCUCCCCUGAUACCAAGCAGCAAUGUGGACAAAGUUUGUGAUAAGGCUUCAUUACUGAGAGAUCUAUGGUAUUUCCCAUCUUUCACCUCACACUGUGUUUCCCGACUUCAGCAUCUCAUACUUUUGGGGGGUCAUUGGCAUUCAAAUUUCUAUACAAAUCACAUUUUCAAUAAAUGAGAUCAUUUUUGGCAACGCUUGGCAAGUCUAACAAUAUUCAAGUUUUAAAAAUCCACAGAAAUGCCGUACCCAGUGACAGAGCUGGUCUGCCAAGACCACUUUUCUGAACACAACCGGAAAAAGGAUGUUUUGAAUAAUUACCAUUCCUCAACCAUUACUUUCAUAUAAACUUGUGCUUGCUAUUUUCUGCCAAUGUAAUUUUGCAAAAAAAAUGUGUUUUUUUUUAAUGCAAAUAUUAAUGAAUGUAGUGCGAAUAAACCAAAACUUUUUAAAAAUCUGUAUGUGAUUUGUAUUUAUCUGAGAAACACAACACAACUAAUUUUUUGUGCCAGUUUAUAUCAGAACUUCCGCUAUCAAAUCCAGUGUCACCUCAUGAAAAUGCUUGGACAAUUCCAGAAGCAACUUUUAUACCACCAUCAAAGACUGAGGCUGCACUAUUUACACAAUUUAACAUUCCAGUGACCUCCUCAGCUGGCCUGAAAUAUUUCAUGCAAGAGUCAUCCAGACCUGUCAAGAUAAGUGCUAGCCUACCACUGGCCUCCCGAACACUCACUUAGCUGCAACACUGUGGAACAGGAAGGUUCUGAUCAGCUCUGAGCGCUCUGUGAUCUCUUUACUUACACAAAUGUCUUUAUUACUGCCAUCAUGCAUGAGCUAAUGUUGCAAGAAAGAGAUGUGUGACUAGAAAUUCACAGCCAACAGGAUUGAAGGUAGAAGUUGGGACAUCAGAGCUCCACAUGGUUCUGCAGUGUCCCACAUCCACAGAUAAGCCUGGCUUGUCAGUACCAGACCCUCACCUGCUAUCAGCGCCCCCUAUGUUUAGUGAUGGGAACAGCAAUGGCUCCUCAGGAGCGAGCAGUAGGGCAAGCAGCAGCUGUGGAAGCAAGCACAACCUCGCAGCUGAGUCCAUGUAUUUCUCUUGUCUAAAUGUCAUAGAUGAAAACUGUGAGAAACAACACAUGCAUACUCACAGGAGGAACAAAGAAAUAAAGACUGUGACUGAGAACGGAAAUGGUUAUCCCAUACCAAAGGACUUCUUCGUAGUAGAGCUCCCCCGAAGGUUUCCAGCAAAGGUCCGAAUCAACAGGUCUAGAUCUAUGGGUGCCACAAAGAUGAAGAGACCGAGACAUAUUCGUCGCACUGUUUCUGAUGUGGAGGAGGGAACUAUACAAAGCAGGGGUGGGAUACCGAAGAUUUCUGUGACUGACGUGGACUCUCAGGGAAGUGAGAACGGUUACCCUGCGUCGUGUGAGGCCAGCACUGAUGCACGGACCAUCAGCAACAACCUCCAUAGUGAAGGCUCUAUGCAAAGUCUGUAUUACUCCUGUACAGGCUCUAUUCCACCUACCUCUACAUCCUGUAGCUCUGUACCAAGUUCACCUAACACUAACAGAGACACAGAUAGCCUUAGCCUGUCAGGAACAAAGGAAUCUUGUACAUGUUCCCAGAUAUUUAAACGUCAAGAAACCUGUUGGAUGUGUCUUCCUUCCCUUCUUAGUCUUGUUGUCACAUCCAUCAGCAUAGCCUGCUCUCUGGCCAACUGUAUCGCCUUCAUACAGGAAGGGGUGGAGGUGAAGAAGACAGAGAUCCUCCUGCUAGUCGUGUGUGUUGUCAGCUUGCUUUUAUACAUAACUGAGAUGUGUAUUUUGAAGAAAAUUUGGGUGUAUCUCCACAACCAAGAUGAGGAUGCUAUGCACAGAGAGACGGAACUUUUGAUAGAGCAGUUCUUUAUCAACUUUCUCCGUGUAAUACUUGUCAACAUGUUCACAACACUCCUGAACUAUCUCCGCUGUCGCUCUUUGUUCUCAGAUAUGAACUUCUUUAUCCUUGUGUUUUCUCAGAGUGCUACAGGUGUGACAAUAGCAGUUAAACUUCUCGCAAACACUGGGAUUUUCUGCCGUCUCAGGAAAGGACUCUGGCACCUCAGGCAACAAGAUGAAAUUCCACGUUCAGGAAUAUUCUUUGUGAUCCUUCUGCUAAUGAUUCUUACCACAUUCUUCGGAUUUUACACUCUCCAGAUCAUUCUCAAAGAAAGUGACCCUUCCAUUCAAAUUUCUCAGGUCAAAUUCAUUCCAGGCAACAGAUGGAACAGCUGGGAAGAUGAAACUAUAAAACAAAUCACCAUUGGAUUGAUCUCUGUGCAUUCUUUGAAAAAUGCAGAGAAUGGUGCUGUCAAGGUCAACAUGUCUUCUGACCUUCAACCUAAAAGUGUCAAAACGUUCCUGUUUCAUGACAAGUUAUACAGAUUGAAAACUUCUACACCAUGUACUAAAGGUAUACCAUCUCUUCUGGCAUUCAAAUUUGUUUACAGCAAAAAUGAGCAAAUGUGUGAGCAAACCAUUACCUACAACAUGGCACUGAAGGGUCGCUGCAAGAACUGGAUAUAUUACACAUAUGGUGGACAAGUUUCAGGAGAGAAUUUGAAAGAACCACACUUUAGAGUAAAACUAAGCACCAACAGCUGUCUGAAACUCAGAUGGGAACAGGACAUGGAAGUGAUUUAGAGUGAAGGUUUUCCUUGAAAAUUUGGUGAGUCUACUAGUACUCUUUUGUGUUGGAAUAUGGAAGUGGCAUAAAGCACAAUAUCACCUCUAUAAUUAUUCAAAAGUUAUGUGGGUGUAACAUGGUGGAUAAUUGCUCGAUAUCAAGAAAUUUAAUUUACUUUCAACAAUUUACAAUACUGUUGAAGAGGUUUUGUGUUGAAGAUUUAAAAUUGUCUGCAUUUGCUUCUAAACAUCCAAAUUGUAGUCUAUCAGAAUGUCAAUAAUUACCAGUAAUUCAACACCUGUUGAGCAGGUCAUAACUACAUCUACAUGUACCUAUAACUAACUCUACAUGUAUAACUACCAGUAUACCAAUGUUUUAUUGUAUAUACACGGUCCCUUGUGCUAUAAAAAUCUUAAACUCAAAUAGGCCAUGGUAUGGCAAAUCAGAGCUCCUAAAGGCAUAACUUAUAUUAUAAACUUAUAUUAAAGUCUUAGUAUAUUCUACUAAAUUCAUUUGUGUAUAUUAAAACAUCAAAUAGAUAUGAUAGAAUAAUAUAUGCAAUAUUUGCAUUUUAUAACAUGCUUAUUUACUUGUAUUUUCAUACCUUUCUAUUUAUUUCUCUUUACAUGUAUAUCAUAUAAACACUACAUAUUUUCUACAGUUGUCAAUGAAGUAUAGUCUUGAUGGCCUGUAAUACUGUAAUAGUACAAUGUUUAUAAUAGCUUGUAGACAUGCUACUAGCUUGUAGCCUUGCACACAUAAAAAUGUUUCUUUAAUUUGAUGCAUAUGAUAAUCAUAUUAAUUUUGAUACAUAUUCAAAAAUAUUCAUGUAUAAUAUCAUACAUUCAAGCUCAUCUUAAACAUUACCUCAAAACAUUUUAAUGAAAUAAAAUCAAUGCAAGUCUAUCUCUAUUGCUGUAUUUUUUCCUAUAAGUACAUGAACAAACUUUUUGAUAAGUUCAAUUACCUCCUUGCUACUAGAUGACAAUACAGCACAUGCAAUUAGCUAUUACUUAGGUUGACAUACGUUGCAAUGAUGAGAAAACUAGAUAGAAACACAUGUGUAUUGUAGUUAUCACCAAUACACACAGAUUUGGCUUGGUGCCUGUACUACACAUCAG